AUGUCGGUAGUAGAAGUUAAAGAUGCUUGUGGUAAAACCUACAAAUACAUCGAACAUAAUGGUUUUAAAUUUGUUAAUUUGAAUAUUGAGAGUGUCAGGAAUUAUGAGAGUUUUAAACUAAGGGAAAGUGAUACCUUGAUUUGUGCCUAUAGUAAAUCUGGAACUCAUUGGAUAUGGGAAAUAUGUCGAAUGUUACUGGCCGGAACAACUGAUUUGAAAAUCAUUGACAAGGAGACUCAGAUGAUAGAACUAUCGGACCACAAAGAUAUAGAGAACCAGCCAUCUCCAAGACUCAUCAAUACUCAUGUUAACUACGAUCUGCUACCAAAUGAUUUCUGGAAGUACAAAAAUAGGAUUGUGUACUUAAGAAGAAAUCCGAAAGAUCUGGCAGUAUCGUUUUACAACCAUGCUGUGAAAAUUAAGAAUGCGUAUGGUUAUGAUGGAGAGUGGAAGGAUUUCCUUGAGCUAUUUAUAGAUGGUAAAACUGAUAAUGGUUCAUGGUUUGAGUAUGUACUGCAAUGGGAAAGAGUAAUAGAGAAUUCAACUGAUGUAGAGAUUCUAGAUGUUACAUUUGAGGAUUUGAAACAGAAUCCCGUGCAAGAAAUCCAUCGACUCUGUAAGUUUUUUGAUUUAUCGUUAACUGAUGAAUUCAUUAGAGAAGUAAAAGACCAUUGUGAGUUUAAAAAGUUAAAAGAGAGAAAAGGGUAUUUUUUAACUACACCUGAUGGAGAAUCGUCACUAUAUAGAAAGGGUGAGGUAGGAGAUUGGAAAAACUGGUUUACAGUGGCACAAAAUGAACUUUUUGAUAGCAUAUACAAGAAGAGAAUGAUAGGAUCCAAACUAGAGUUUAAAUAUCAAUAG